CCGCGCGUGGGGGAACGGGGAGGGACGGACACUUCCGGCGGAAGUAGCUGAGGGACGGGCGCGGGAACCGGAGCCCGCCAUGGAACCGGAGCCGGGCCCUGAUCCCGACAUGGGCCCGGGCCGCGACCCGGUAACGGGCCCGCUGCCGGUAACCGACCCGGCCGCCGACCCCGACGUGGAGCCGCUGCACCGGGGCGGCUUCCGCUGCCGCCUGUGCCAGAUCACCGCGGCCAACCUUCCCAGCCUGCGCUCGCACGUGGCCGGGAAGCGGCACCGGCGGCUCCGGUGGCUCCGGGCGGAGCGGCGCGCGCAGGAGCAGCGGAGCCUCUUCGUCAGCGGCUUCGCCCGGGGCACCGCGCCCGAGCGGCUGCGCCAGCACUUCCGCGCCUUCGGGCCUGUCGCGACAGUCGUGAUGGACAAGGAGAAGGGCGCGUUCGCCAUCGUGGCUGCAGGACCCCGCGGGGCGGCAGAGGGCGCUGCAGCAGCCCCGGCACCUCCUGGAGGGGCGGCGGCUGCGGGUGCGGCCCCGGGAGCACCGGGCCUUCCCCCGGGACCCCCCCCGGGACCCCCCGGGACCCCCCCGGCACCGCCGGGGCUGCUGCAGGCGCUGGGCCGGGCCCAGGACGUGGGGGCGCAGCUGCAGCUGCUGGUGCGGGCGCUGGAGCUGAGCGCGGCCGAGCGGCGCCUGCGGGGGCUCCUGGUGGCCCUGAUCCAGGAGGUGUUCACGGAGUUCUUCCCAGGCUGCUCCGUUGUCCCCUACGGCUCCUCCGUCAACGGCUUCGACGUCCACGGCUGCGACCUGGACCUGCACCUGGAGCUGGGGGACCCCGCCCCGGAGGGGACCCCAAACGGGGACCCCCAGAGCCCAGAGACCCCAAACGGGGACCCCCAGAGCCCAGAGACCCCCAAAAUCCCUGACCCUAACGGGGACCCCCAGGGCCGGGGGGGGGCACUGCUGGGGGAUGGAGACCCCCCUCCCAAUGGGUCCCUUUUGGGGGACAAGGACCCCUCCCUAAAAGGGUCAUUUCUGGGGGCCAGGGAGGACCCCCCUUCCAGGGGAUCCCUUUUGGGGUCUGAAGGGUCUCUUGUGGGGGACAGAGGGACCCGUUGGGGGUCCGAGGGGUCCCUUUUGGGGUCUCCUUUGGGUGACCCAGACCCCUCCCUGGCAGGGUCCCUUUUGGGGGACAAGGGGUCUCUUUUGGGGUCCAGGGGGUCCCUUUUGGGGUCCCUUUCAGGGGACAAAGGGUCUCUUUUGGGGUCCAGGGGGUCCCUUUUGGGGUCUGAGGGGUCCCUUUUGGGGUCCAGGGGGUCCCUUUUGGGGUCUGAGGGGUCUCUCUUGGGGUCUGAGGGGUCCCUUUUGGGGUCUGAGGGGUCUCUCUUGGGGUCCGAGGGGUCCCUUUUGGGGUCUGAGGGGUCUCUCUUGGGGUCUGAGGGGUCCCUUUUGGGGUCCCUUUCGGCUGACCCAGACCCCUCCCUCAAAGGGUCCCUUCUGGGCUCCGAGGCCGCCUCUCCCGCGGGGUCCCAGUGCGGCUCCGAGGGGGGGUCCCGGUCGGGGGAUGAGCCCCCCGAGCCCGAGGGGUCCCUUUUGGGGCGCGGGGCCCCCCCGGAGCAGGCGCUGGCGCUGGUGGGGGCGGUGCUGCGGCGCUGCGUGCCGGGGGUCCGGGGGGUCCGGGCCGUGCCCGGCGCUCGGCGCCCCGUGGUCAAAUUCAGCCACAAACAGUCCGGGCUGGCCGGGGACGUGUGCCUGGACAACCGCCUGGCCCUGUUCAACACGCGGUUCCUGCGCCUCUGCGCCGACGCCGACCCUCGGGUGCGGCCCCUGGGCUACGCCGUGCGCCUCUGGGCGGGGGGGCAGCGCCUGGCAGGGAACCGGGCCGGGGGCGGCCCCCUCCUCACCAACUACGCGCUGAUGCUGCUGCUGGUGCUGUUCCUGCAGAGCCGCAGCCCCCCCGUGCUGCCCUCGGUGCGGCGCCUCCGCCUCCUGGCAGGGCCCCAGGACCGUGCCCAGGUUGGGGGCUGGGAUUGCAGCUUCCCCCGGGACGCGGCGGCGCUGGAGCCCAGCGGGAACGGGCAGAGCGCCGCCUCCCUCCUGGCCGAAUUCUUCUCCUAUUUCGGGACCCUGGAUUUGGGGGGGCUCCUCCUGUCCCCCCUGGAGGGCCGAGCUCUGCCGCGCCCCCCUCCCGAGACCCUCGGGGGUCUCCGCCCGGGCCCCCUGACCCUGCAGGACCCCUUCGAGCUGAGCCACAACGUGGCCGCCAACGUCACCGCGCGCACGGUGUCGCGAUUCGUGCGCUGCUGUCGCGACGCCGCCCGGCUCUGUCGCGGCCCCGAGUUCCUGCAGAAGUCGCGCAGGGGCCGCCCCUGGGGCGUGAUGCGGCUGCUCCAGCCCGGCCCCGCCGGCAGCCGCGGCAGUUUGGGGGAUUCCGAAGGGAAAUUCCUCAUCCCGGUCCCGCUGCGACCCCCGGGGGGGUGCGGGGGGGUCCCGCAGCGCGAGGUUUGUGCGGCCGUGGGCUUCGUGCUCCGGGAGGUGCUGGGCUGCGAAUGCGAGCCCCAGGGCGAGCUUGGCGACCUGGGGACACCGCGGGGCGCGGGGGAGCCACUGCCGGGAGCCCAGUGUCACCUGGAGGGGGGGACAGGCGAUUCCCGGCGGGAAUUUGGGGACCUGGGGACACCGGGGGAUGAGCAGGAGCCACCACCAGGAGCCCAGUGUCACCUGGAGGGGGGGACAGGCGAUUCCCGGCGGGAAUUUGGGGACCUGGGGACACCGGGGGAUGAGCAGGAGCUGCUCCCGGCUCCCUCGGAGCCACCACCGGGAGCCCAGUGUCACCUGGAGGGGGGGACAGGCGAUUCCCGGCGGGAAUUUGGGGACGCGGGGACAGCGGGGCCGGGCUCGAAGCGUCGCCUCCCCGAGGGGGUCCCGAGCGGGGCCGGGGUCCCGCCCGCAAAGCGCCCCCGGGGCCCCGCGGGCCCGUCCCGCUGGAGCUGCUGCGUCCGGUACCGGGUGUGGCGGGGCCGCCGCCGCCUCCGCCGCCGCCUCCGGCCCCGGGGGGGCUCCGGGGGGGCUCCGGGCACCGAGGGGAACCGGGCGGAUCAAGGUCUUGAGGGUCCUGGAGGGGCUCAGAGUCCCGGGGGGGUUCAGGAUCCCGGGGGUCUCGGGGGUGUUCAGGGUCCCGGGGGGGUUCAGGAUCCCGGUGGUCCCGGCGGGGUUGGGGGUCCCGGGGGCUCGCCCCUGGCGCUGGAGCGAGCCGUGACCGAGGCCAUUGUCCGAGGGGACACCGGGACCCCGCCUGGGCCCCCCCCGGAGCCGCUGCUGCGUUUCCAGCUCAGCGCCCGCCCGGGGGGGUCGCGCCGGGACCCCCAAAUGCUGCUGCACCUCCAGCCCGAGCCGCCCUCGCCGCUCUUCCAGGAGUUUUUCCACUUUUUGCGGAGUUUCCUGCCCGAAAUGGUGCGGCAGCGCCUGGGCUGGGGGGCGGGGGGCGCGGAGCCCCCCGGGGGGGGGGAAUUUUGUAAAUCCUGAGGUUUUC